UGGGCGGAGGGACGGGGCGCUGGUCGGGAACAUUCACAGGCAGGCGGACAGGACUGACCAUUCACAGAGAGACUGGCUGUACAUGGAGCCCUGGGGUGAGCUGCCCUGACACUGUCCCGGAUGCUGCUGAAUACGUGCUCAGAAACACCAACCUAAUCUCCUACUCUGUGCUCAUUGCAUUGUCUUUCGUUCCCUGAAUGCCAUAUUGUGACACCUCAAAUAGCCAACGGGCCCUGAGUGAAAGAUCCUUUUUUGCUUACGGAAAACCUGUUCCUAACAUCAACUAUUCUGGGAUACUAGGACAUAAAGACGUUACGUCUUGUUUUUCUGAUCUCAUACUGUCAUCUGGACAUUUUCGCAGCAGGACAUCACUGCCACCUAGGACAGUCAACAACUCAACAUUUUGUUUGGCUUCUGCUCUAUAGAAGUGACCAUCAGAAGACUUGCUGGAGCAGUGUGCCAGCAGUAAUCAAAAUAUUCCUUGAUACAAAAAGCCUGGGUACGUUGACCACUUUGAAGACCAGGCUGGGACGACAGCCCACAGCGAAAGCUCCUGACCCCACCACAAAAAUAAAUCCAAAGACCCUGGCAGCGGUGGGGGCCAGAGAAGCCGGUAUCAGCCACUGGAUACUUGGGACUCCUGGAUAGUGUAGGCCUAACACUUGGGGCCCCUGUGGCCCUUGGCCUUUCAGAGUCUCAUAUUCCUUGUUAGUGCUCUGGUCAUGGCAAAGUGGUUUAAAGAGCUACCGCAGACAUUGAAGAAUGUUUCGGACAGAGCCAAACCUGGACCACCAGGAGCCAAAACACUGCCUAAAGUUGGAGCCUCACGUAAAAACUCAUGCUCUGAUUCAGUCGGGUCUGCUAUGAAAAACCGGAAGAAUUCUUCCUCUGAUGGGUUUGGAAAAGGACUCAAGGAUACCCGAUUAUCGCGGGAAAGCUUACAUAGCCUGCUGCCAGGCAAAAGCAGGAAAAAUUCGAAAGACGAGGCUGCAGGUCUCCGACCACCGAAAGGUCACAGUACUUUUUUAAAUCGCCUUAUUAGAGUGGACACAAACCUUCUGGAAAAGAAUGGUCACAAUUUUCAGGGCUCUGAGGAGCAACAGCAAGUCCAAGAUCAGGAGAGGCGGCUCAAAGAGGAAACCAUAAUAAUCUUGGACGAUUACGCGGACCCUUUCGAUGCCAAACGCACAAAGGGGCAACGUGAUGCAGAGCGCGUCGGCGAGAAUGAUGGCUACAUGGAACCGUAUGACGCUCAGCAGAUUAUAACCGAAAUUCGCCGCAGAGGCUCCAAAGAUCAACUCAUCACUGACCUGCAGCUAUUGGAGCUGAGUGCCUUGAGUGAAGUAAAGGCUGAUCCCAAGAAGCCAUUGACUCAAGAGGUACCGGGGAAGCCACCACAACUGUAUGACACGCCAUACGAGCCGCCUGAGACAGAAGGUGAAGCAGAUGGGCAGGAGAAGAAACAGCGGGUAGUUGAGGGGCCGCGUCCGGAGAAUGACGAAAGGCCUGCAGGGGAGUACGAACAGCCAUGGGAGUGGAAGAAGGAGCAUAUUGUCAGAGCACUUUCAGUUCAGUUUGAGAGCACCGAGCGGUCAUCCGCUAAAGAGGAAGUUUCCAAGAUACACCAGCGGCAGAAGAGCUGGACCUCAAAAGUUCUGAAGCAGCAGCAGCACCCAGAACAGUGUGAGAAAGUAGAUCCCACCUUGCCCCUGGAGAAACAGAGUUGGUACCACGGAGCCGUGACACGUGCAGAAGCUGAGACCCGGCUACAGUCCUGUCGAGAGGCCAGUUACUUGCUGCGCAACAGCGAGUCUGGAAACAGCAAGUACUCUAUUGCUUUAAAGACCAGUCAGGGCUGUGUUCACAUCAUCAUCGCUCAAACCAAAGAUAACAAAUAUACUCUAAACCAGACAGGAGGCGUUUUCAACAGCAUCCCAGAAGUGGUCCAUUACUACUCCAACCAAAAACUUCCCUUUAAGGACGCAGAACACAUGAGCCUUUUAUAUCCCGUACACAGCAAGUUGCAUUGACUUCAUCAAUGUUCCCAUGUGUGUAUAAAUCACAAUUCCAACUAUUAUCUUGUAUUUUUUGACCAAUGCGUUGACAGUACUCCCACCGAUUCUUUAAUAGUCUUAUCCCCGAGCAGUUUGUCCCCCGUCCUGUCUCUCUGCGCCAUAAAUCCCAGUUCAUCCAUCAAGAUGUGUGAAUUUCAUACUACUAUGUACCUUAAUUACCUUUUUAUAUUUUCUACCCCACCGUUCACAGCUAGUUGCAUUGAUUGUUUGAUUAUCAGAAAAGAGAACGUCAAUAUUACUGCACUGACAAAUCAGACAAGUGUUAGCUUUACGGCCAAGUACUCAUUUACUGAUGGAGAAAGUAGACAGUCUUAUGGAUUUAAACCUAUGAUUUUUCGGUGCGUGUGUAAAAAAGGAGAGGAUAGAAAUGGCACCUGAAUGUAUCGGUUUAGAGAUUGUAUUUUGUUUGUGGUUUUUGUUUGUUUUUAAGGGAUGUAGUAUGUGGCAAUUUCAGAAUUAGUUUAUGGAAAGCAUCAGAAUGUGUUGGUAUGUGAAUAAUCUAGAUCUAUUUAGUGUAUGAAUUAAUGUUAAAAAUAGAGGAAAGGUUCGAGAGGAAAUAAAAGAUUCAUCCUACCCUUUAAAACCAGGUUUUGACAAUCCCAGGGAGGGUCUGUGCAAGGUUCCACCCACUAUCUGAUCCACAUUGUAUGGAUUAAUUUUGCAAUCUCUGACAGUGAUGACAUACGUCUGGCACUCAGAGGCCUAUGAAUAAUACCCAUUGUUGCCUAAGGAGUUGCCAUCAUUCAUUAAGACCAGAUUUAACUUAUCUGGCAAAUAGCCCACUGUCCUUAUUAUCCAGUAUUCUGUUACUAGUGCAUAUAUCAGAACAUAUAAAAUACUGUGACAGUACAGGAUCAGACAUGAGUGGAGAGGUUAACGUCGAUUUUGGAACUGACAUGAGAUGGAGGAAGCACAAAAUGAGAGUAGUGGGGGAUUGAAGCAUGAGAGCACCAAAAGGGGACGAAGAAAUUGUGAAUGAAAAUGGGUCUGUACUCUUUCUUUACCUGAGUUUUGCAGAAGAUUUAGCAGUAGGUUUUAAAAAAAUAUAUAUAUAUAUAUAUAUAUUUUACAAGAUCUCGAUUAGGUUGGUUGCUUGUCAAUGUACACCAGCCUGAUCGAGAGAGAUGGUGAGCGUCUAGUAGAGAACAAAUCUCACUGCUUGAUUCUAAUAGAUCAUCUACCUUUUUUAAAAAAAACAAAUACUGGGGAUUUACCGAACAGCCCUGUAAAAGCGGUUUAUUAAAUGUACUUACUAGAAAUUACUUGAUACAAUGAAAACCAUAGCUAGAGUAACAGAAACAUUUGAAUUCAAAGAGAAUUUAAAAUUUAAGUUCAAAAUAGCAAAAUUUAAAAAAUAAUUAUCCAAGUCGUUGGUUUUAGAUUGGCUACAGUGGCCUUAAAUCUGAAAUUCCCUUUAAAUUCUCAUUUUAGUAAAUAACCCUGGCUGUCCGUGUAAGAUUAAAAUCCCUGCCUGUAAAACAUUGCAAAACUAAACGUUGCACUUUCUCUGAGCACUAGAGGGUGCUAGCAUUCCAACCAGUGCUGUACUGUGCUGGUGUCAAGAAAAAUAUAUACGCUUGUACCAUAAUUGUAUACAUGCAAAUAAACGUUUGUAAAUGUG